GGUUUUGGAGUUCGUCGUCUCUGGUCGUGAUCGUGCAGCAGUCGGAAAAGCAAAUCCGCCCCCAAGUCCAAGCAAGUCGUCCCAAAAGCUUGCGUGUGUGAGUGUGAGUGUUUGAGUGCUUAGCCAACGGUCGGAUUCAGCAACAACUAACUGAAUCUGUGUGUGUGUGUUCAUUGUGUGCCAAGUGCCAGGAUCUUCCAACAAAAAUAUUUACAAAUCAAAGUAAACAUAAUCUUAGCUCCAUUUGGAGUUCCAGUUGGCAGCCAUGUCAGCCGUGAAGGAUAAGCCGUGUCUGCUGCUUGUUGGCCUAUUGGCCGCAUUGAGCUCACUGCAGCUUUACUGUGAUGCCGCCUAUCCAUACUACGGCACCAAGAUCGGCUCUCUAACCCGACUGCAUCAUGGCGUAUCCGGCGACGUUUAUGCCGUCGAUUCCCGUACGAUUUUCAUCAAGAAAUUCAACUACGAUGGCGAAGCUCCUGCCGCCUACUUCUAUGUGGGCAACACGGCACGUCCGGGCACUGAGGGCGCGGCACGCCUUAGGGAUGAGCGUGGUGGCACCACUGCGUUGUCACAUCGCUAUCGCAACAAGGAUAUAACUCUCUCAUUGCCAGAGGGCAAGACGCUACGCGAUGUCAAGUGGUUCUCGGUGUGGUGCGAUGAGUUUGCCGUCAACUUUGGAGAUGUGGCCAUACCAAGCACCUUGGACUUUCCACGUCCACAAAAGAUUAAUGCACUGCGUGGUGUCCAUGGCGUGUCCUCCGAUAAUAUUGUCAUUGUGGAUGCACAGACGUUGUUGGUUCCAAACUUUAGCUAUGAUGGCGAGGCGCCAGAUGCCAAGUUCUGGGUGGGUCGUGGACAGCGUCCCUCACCCGAAGGUCUGCGCAUACCCGAUGAAAAUGGCAAGGAGAAUCCGUUGCGUCGCUACGACCGCAAGACAAUUGUAUUGACGCUGCCGGAAGAUUUGACCAUCUUCGAUAUUGGCCACUUUGGUGUGUGGUGCGAGGCGUUCACCGUUGACUUUGGACAUGUCCGCCUACCCGAAGGUCUCAAUGUGCCGCCCUCGCUGAAAAUGCUGGGCAUCAGUCCUCAGUCGAAGCUUAACUGUGAGGUGCUCUAUGAUGAUCUGGCCUUUGAAGUUCGCUGGGCCGUGGCCGGUGAGAGCAUCGUUGUGCAAUUGGUCGCUAAAUUGGAACCCAACAAUUAUAUGUCCUUUGGCAUCUCACCGAACAAGAAUAUUAGUCAAAUGAUUGGCGCCGAUGCGACAGUCGCUUGGGUGGAUCCGGAAACUGGCAAUGGCUUUGCCCAGGAUUAUUUCCUAGACGGCAAGGCUCAAUGCUCAGGUGGACGCGGUGCCUGUCCAGAUGUCAAGAUCCAGCAGAACACCAACUCCAUCCGUCUGCUCAAUGCUGCCAUGGUCAAUGGCUACUCCAUUGUCACCUAUCAACGUUCGCUGUCUGCCACGGAUCGUCUGGAUUUGCCCAUCUCCGUGACGGAUGCGGAGUCCGUUGUGUGGGCCAUUGGACCAUUGAAUGACUACAGAGAGGUCUCCUUCCACACCUAUUACAACAAGCACUUACAUCAGAUAGAAUUUGGCCGCCAGCCGAAAUGGAAUUGUCCCUUGCCGGAGGGCGCCAAGCCGGGCAUCAAUUCCGCCGAACAAGAGGAUGAAGUCACUCAGGCCAGCUCCACUGGCGGUGCAGGAUAUCCACCAGCGGGUCGUCCCAACAUUGAACCCGAUGAGGAGUUCUACGAGAAUCGCCCUCAGGCUCUGCAUGGCACCACGCCAGCACAUGCUCCACAAAGACGCCCGGAGUCCGCUUUGGCCACACAACAUCGUCCAGUGCCUACGCCGAAGCCAGUUAACAGCAACGGAGCCUGGGACAUUCCGCCCAUCCAAUGCCAUGAGCCAGAGGAUGGUGUCUUCUAUGCCCAAAUGGGUCCAACGGGCGGCAAGCACGGUUAUCCUGCAAUAACCGGUCACGUGGGCUGGGGCAUCUCGUGGUACAUUAAUGGAUUGCUCAUUCCCGAGCUUCAUGUGGUGCGAGGCAGAACCUACACCUUUGUGGUAGAGGGUGGCAAUAAUCCCGACAUACCCGCCAAGUAUCAUCCAUUCUACAUUAGUGACGAUCCCGUUGGAGGCUACGAGCACAAGCGCGAGGAGGAGAAGAAGGCUGUACGCAUCUUUGCUGGUGUUCAUCGAUCCCGAUCCGGGCAGGUGACGCCCACGGGUGUGGGUCGCUUAUGCAACUGGACACCGGAUGUGGAGGGACCACCGGCGGAUGAUUUUCAAUCUUUCGGUGCAUACCAACGCACAUUAACGCUCAAAUGCGACGCAGGCGAACCUGGAGUGAUCAGCUGGAAACCUGAUAAGAAUACGCCGGAUACCGUGUACUAUCACUGCUUUACGCAUCGCUAUCUGGGCUGGAAGAUUCACGUGCACGACACAUGCGAUGGCAUUGGUGAUGGUAUUGGUGCUGCCUCAGAUCGGCAUGAGAUUCGGGAGCCGGCGCCCAUCCGGGAAGACUAUGCCGCCGAGUCAUCGAUACGCCACGAAACCAAGGUCAGCCCCAACGAUAAUUUUUUAUUGAAGCACCAAACCGAUUUGAUUAAGAAUCACAAUAUGAAUGGAACACCGCCUAAACUGAGUUUUGAAAUAACCAAAUCUUCGGAAAUAACCAAACUGAUUUCAGAUGGCAUCCGCGCUGCUGAGGCUCUCGAGGAGAGCCUACUAAGGAACCAAACAAUCGCCGCCGAUGCACCACCGACACACAUUAAAGAUAACGGCAGCCAGAACGGUUCUAGAAUACCAUCGAGACCAUUGCUGGUCCCGGCCAGACCAGAGAUAUUGCAUGGCGAAACUCAUUCAUUGAAAUCAUCCUCAUCCUCAACUUCAUCUUUAUCCUCAUCCUCAUCGUCAUCAACUUUAAAUUCAGGCUCGUCAGCUUCACCUUCAGCUUCCCUGGUCCACUCGAAACUGCCCAUUUUCGCCGCACCACAAUCUCAUUUGCAUCAGCGUCUGCAAUAUCCGUAUCUGCACCAUGCACCACACUUCCCACACCCUCAUCCCGCACAUGCACAUCAUCAUAUUGCUCAUAAUGCACAUAAUGCUCACUUGGCACUGCAUCAUCAUCACAAUCUAACCAGUAAUAUUCCAGCACUGGCGCAGAAAACAAUUAGUCUAUCCGAAUAUCUGCGACCACCGCAGAAUGCACCGCUUUUCCAUCCCGUCAAGCUGCCCGGACGACGACCAUAUCCGGGUCCCAUUAAGAAGGUGCCCGCCUCCCGGCCAGUGUUGCCACAACAGCAUCCUCCGAUCGGUGGCAUCCUUCCGCAGUCAUCGCUGAUUGUCAAUCAUUAUCGUAAGCCGGUGCCCGGCCUGUUGAAGCCCUUCCUCAAGGAGAAACAUUUUCCAAUACAACCCAUUGCCGCUUCCGUGCUUCUCUUGGGUCAGCCCACGGAGCUCAGUGGUCUGGGGCAGAGGAAGACAGAUGCGGCAGAGCGUGGCAAAGUUAAGGCCAAGCCCAUUGUUGCACUCCCCGUCCCGUAUGUUGAUCUUGAGCCACAAGCAUCCCUUAAGAAUCCCGCCUAUUUUAAUGUAAAUGCCAAAGUGGAACAAAAACCACUUUUGACCACCACAACCACUACGACCACGCCCCUUAUCAAACGCCCACUGCCGGAGGAGCCAUCGCCUCAACAAAUCGCCAGCAUGCGUCCGGCCAUUAAUCAAGGAUUCAAGCCGGACUCCGUGGUCGUUGAGAGUGGCUUCCGUCCAAUUGUGCGAAACGAUGGCAAUGGAGUACAGCUGCCACCGGAGUUGAUCGAACAGGUGGCACAUAGACGCGAGGAUGCGGGCACUGAAAUUGAUGAGGUCAUGGAGACAGAUACACUUUUCCUAACCGCACAACAAAGCGGCAGCGAGACACAGAGCUUUGAGCCCAUGUUUAUACCAUCUCCGCUGGACAGUACCAAUGCGACCAGGUUGGCCGCGAAGACGCCCCAAGAUCCAAUUGAUACCGUUGCAAUCCCAUCCUCGACGGCCUUGAAAUUGCCCUCUGCAGCACUUAAACAUUCUCUGCCAUCGGCAGCCCAACUUCGUAAGCCUUCUCUGGAAGAGCUCUUCCACGGCGAUGGCGAUGAUGAAACGCUAAGUGAUGCAGAGGAUCAACAGGAUGGCUUAACGCCGACAAAUACUCCUUAUGUGGUUUUAAAGAAACAAAACUCUGCUGAAAUGAUAGACACACAUGAGGAGGAUUCGGACUAUGACGAUUUGGCCAAUCUAUUCGAUACCGAGGAGGAGCAUCAACAGGCACAGCAUAAUUUAGAUGAUGAUCUAGAGACGGAACCGGAUGACAAAGUCGCCCAAGCAGCUGAACGUAUAGAUACCUAUUACUUGCCACCAGAUAAUCGCAAGAUUCCACAUGCCAGCAUCCCCAGCGGUGCUGUGUACACCUUCGAUGGUAAGUCUGUGGUGGACAGUACACUGGUACUGCCACCCAAAUUGGAUGCCCGCGACACUGGACACUCGCGUCACAACCACUACGGACUUUCAGCAUCUGAGAAAUUGGUACGCACAACUCCGCAAUUUGGUGUCUAUCGCGGUGAAUUGCCAGAGGAGUUUCUAUCGACAUUACAGCCGGGUGUACAGCCAGUUACGGAUUAUACAAAUACGGCAGGCACUUCGACGCUGCCUGGUGCUACCGACAGCCCAUAUCAAUCGCCAUCAUCGCCAUCAAUAACAUCGUCAUUGCGACCCAUUUCAACCAAGUUGCACUUACUCAAACCCGACAUCAAUGACAAUAGCACGUAGAGAAUUGGCCACACAGGUGUGCAAUAGUUUAAUUCAUUGAUUAGAUAAGCAUUUACAACUGCAAGCAGUUACCAAUUGAAUUUGUACUCAUUAACCAUACUCGUAUAACAUAAAUAAAAUAAUCCCGUAUUAGUUGUAGGCACCUUUUAUAAUGUGUUUCAAUCACAUUUUCGACGCUCUUAAUUUUAACCAAACUCAACAAUUUCACAUACACAAUUAGCUAAGCUGAAAUCUAUGUUUAAAAUGCAUUUUAGUCGUUGUCUAUGAAAUAAAACUUAAAUAAAACAUUUUAA